CAAUCACACCUCGUUCGAAACGUCAAGGAUCAACAACAUGGCGGAACAAGUCCUUCCGUCUCUCUCCAUCUCCCCCACUCGCUGUCGUAAUUCAGCGGAUAUUUCACACCCGGUUCGAUGUUCGAUCACUUCCUAAUCCGUGGGAUAACGCAGAUUAAACUCUCACCUCGUACUACGUAAUCCGCGCAGAAAAAAAAAACAUCCCCAUUGACGCUUCUUUCUCUCGAGAGAGCGAUGUACGAGUGACAUGGCGUAAAAAAAAAAGCUUCUCUUUGCACAACGCGUUAUUUGGACUCGCUGGCGACGAUGCACGCUCCGGAUAAAACGUGUCUGUGCUGUGCGCGUUGCCACCUUUCGCCAGAGCUGCUGUCACAGGAGCACGAGGAGGAGCACGCGAGGAGGCGAGGAUUAUGAGCAUCGCAUGUCGACGACCGUCCACGAGAGGAACGUCUCGUUGCUUCCCUCGCCGAGAAUGACUUAGGCCAGCUCGUCGAAAACGAAGACUCCCCUCCGGUAUACGCGAUGCGGAACUUACAUUGGGCAUGCUGGCUGUUUUGGGUGGGUCUACCGAUGCUCGCAGCCUACCCUGUACCCACCUCAAUCGCCGCGGGUUCACCGCGCACUCAUGCUUCUUGGGAACACUACUGGCGUUAUGCGAUUGCUCUGUCAAGCGUCACCGCCACAGCAUUAACUUUGGCUGGCUGCCUCUGUUGUCAGAGGCAUAGAAGACCAAAGGGAUUCAAGGACAAAGCAGAGAAAUACAAUCAGGAAUUCAAAGAUGGGAGCAGUAUAGAACAGGAAAGCACCUUUGGUCGAUCUGUUGAAGGAUUGGAAUUGGAUGCCUCCAGGACAUUAGCUGCUUCCGAGAGAGUCCAAUUUGAACCUUUACCAGUUGACUCGAUCGUAUCUGGAACAAGAAGCCCUCCGAAAGCUAAAGCAAUACCUCUAUCGACGCCACGUAACGAGGAUCAAGAUACGGAUCGUUCUAUUCUACAAGAGCCAUGUAGCGAAUGGUUUAAUUCCAAUGAACUUUACGUACCAAGAGAAAAACUCAAGUAUCUUAGAGAAAUAGGUCAUGGAUGGUUCGGCAAGGUUGUUGAAGGUCGGGCAGAUUUGGAACAGUCGAAAGGAAUCUCGAAAUCGGGUGGUGUCGUCGUGAGAAUUCUCACCGAGGAGGCUACCACUAGAGAAAAAGCCUGGUUUCUCGGUGAGGCCACGCCGUACUUGAAACUACGUCAUCAGAAUGUUUUAGCUCUGCUCGGUUUCUGCUUGGAAACUGAUCCGUAUCUUCUAUUGUUCGAGUCGUGUCCAGCUGGCGAUUUGAAAGGCUUCUUGUUGUCAAAUUGCGACACCACGUCAAGAGACGCACUUACCAAGGAAAAUGUUCCAAUUCGAAUCGCGAUAGAAAUCGCGGCCGGUUUGAAACACAUGCACAGUCACGGCUUCGCACAUACGGAUCUUUCGGCGAGGAACUGUCUAAUCGCUCCGGAUUUAUCAGCCAAGUUGGGAGAUUAUGGUACCGGAGUCGAGAAAUAUCCCGAGGAUUAUUAUAUAAUAGGAGAUCGAGCUUUACCCAUCAGAUGGUCCGCGCCGGAGAGCUUAAAUUGUACAGAUACCACGAUCGAGACACAAGAGAUCACAUUGAAAGCCAAUAUGUGGAGUUACGCGGUUCUCUUGUGGGAGAUCAUCAGUUGGGGCGAGAGGCCAUACAACGAUAUGAACGACGAACAAGUCAUUCAGAUGAUUCUAUCUCUGAAGAAACAAGUCUCGCCAAAUGGUACGCGACUCUUGCAAAGCUAUCUCGUUAAUUGUUCGUCGAAUAUAUGUCAAGUGACUCGCUUGUGUUUGAAUGUCAAUGCGAAAGACAGACCCUCCUUGGAUGAUGUGAGACAAAUUCUUCUGAACGAACAUUCGGUGCAUGUGGAUUUCGAACAACGCUGGGAGAGUUUGCGCCAGAAUGCUUGCGGCAAGCAGCACGUACGAAGUGCCAGUUUGCAAGACUUACGCGGAAGCAUCGAUUCCGACUAUUGGACUCACAUCGUGGACGACGUGCCGGCAACAGACAUGUUGCAGCAGUCCUCGUUUCGUCUCGGACCAGACGAACAGGUGAGAAACAUCCCGGGGAUGAAGAACUCCGCGAUGUUUCAGGAAUCCGGCUCGGAAACCGAGGAGGAGAGCUGGAAGGGUCGAGUCGAAAAGGGUGUUUACACGGAAAAAGUGAAGCAAAAGUCCAAGUCCGUGACGGAUCUUAUGGUCCUCGUUCACAUCGAUCCCGAUUCUGAUGCGGAGUGGUCAAUGGGAGCGCAAAACUCGUCGGAGAAAAACGUCAAGAAGAAGUUAUCCACGACCGGUAGCGACAGCGAUCUAAGACACACCGUUCCCGCGGACGAGUUCGACGAGGCACUGAAGAAGUUACGGGAUCCACUACCGAAUAAUAACAAUAACGUCGCUAAUAAAGUUAGAUCGUUGGAAAAUUUAGAGCGACCGAAACUCUUGACUCUUACUAUGGAUCAGGGUCAUACGCCGAUCUUACGGUUAUUUUUGGACGACGCGGGAAAAACUCCUGAAGGCAACAACGACACCCUGUCCGAGAUGAACGCGGAUAACGCGCAGCGCAGUGAAAAACACGUAUUGAGACUCUUGUCGAAAGGAGAUCCGGAUCUUCCUCUUCUUCGCUAUGUACCUGACCAAACAUCCUUCGUCGAGGAAGACGCGGAAAGGAAAGAAGAGACCGAUAUACCGUUCGUUAAUAAAGAGACAAUCCACGAUGAUAUUUCCGAUCGUUUCUCGAGUAACAUCGAGACCGACCAACACAAUACGGUGGACGUUUUGCUCUGGAAUCACGCGUUAGACUCCGCUUUGGAGCACAAGGUACCCGGUUUCUCGGACGAAGCGGAAUUUAACGAGUACGUAGAAUCGGCAUCGACUGAACAAGGUAAUAAUGCACCGGAAUUAACCGUGACCGCCGUAUCUACGCCGGAUGCAUCGAACUUUUGUAACGUCUAUUCGAUUUAUAGUACCGAUGAUCAUUUUUCUACAGCGGAGAACGCGCAGGUGGAGCAAAAACUAUUGCCAGACGACGAUGAGGAGCGAAAGCAACUGUCGACGCCGGAUGAUGAGCAGAGCUCCGAUUCGGGAUUUCGGGACAAGGAGUCUUGCGAGGAAGAGGAAGCGACUUGUCUGCCGACGUCUGGCAACCUCUUGCCUUCGGCCAAUAACGCCGCUACUUCCGGAUCGUUCUACACCGAAGAGGAGCCAUUCCAGAUUCUACUCGAGCUAGAUACUAUUCUCGACGCGGAAUAUUACGCUACUGCCGGCCCUGAAAGUAUAACAGAGGGUACAAUUUCUAUUCCCGGCGUUGACAAGAGCUUGUCGCCUUCGAAAGGAAAUGUCUCGAAUCAUAUCUCCACGAAUGUGAAUGAAUUGAAUGUAGAGGAAGAACAAGUUGACGAAUUGACACAAACGGUCGAUACGAAGGAGAAAUCAAACACGAUAAAAAAUAUCGAGACGAUGGAAAAAAAGAAUAUAACUUAUGAAACUCAAGGAUCUAAGGCUGAAGAUGACGCUCAUCGAUCGUACGAUUCGGAAACGGAAGUCUCUUUAAAAACGGACGCGAAUACUAUUUAUUCUCAACGAGACGAACAAUGCUCGCAGGGGGAUUGUGAAAACGAGGAUGAAGACAGUUCCACAGUGAGUUUACGUAGCGACAAUUCGUAUGUGUCGUUCAACAUGGAGGAGGAAUUUGUAACUGCGAUUCGUAAUGAACUCAGGGAAAAAUUGCCACAGGCUCAGAUGCAGAUCGUAGAAUCUUUGGAAGCUCACGAUGACGAAGGCUCAACCGUCUCCAGCGAUAUGUACAGUAAACGAUGGGACGACGAGGAUGCUGAAGAUUCAACCGAUCAAAUGGGCGGAGGUGUAGAUAUCUCGAUCAGAUACAAUGUAUACGGAACGCCGCUUAGUCCCAUCUUAGAGGAGCGAGAGAGCACUGUCACUUCUGAGUCUUUAAUAUCAAAUUCCAGGGAAGCGUCGAUCGUUUCGAGAGACUCGGUACCGUCCGAGGAUGUGUUAUUAGUCGACACGCGUACCAACGAAAUGAUAUUAUUGGAAGGACUGGCAGAGCGAUUACAGGAAGAAGAUCGGGACACCACGAAUGGUGAUUUGUCCGAGGAGGAAAAUUUAGAUUAUACUUGUUCGAUGACGCGUCCAUUAGAGGAUAAGUCGCGUGGAAUCAUGAAAGCGAGCGGAGGCGCACCAUUACCAAGUCCUGAGGAAGAAUCUAAAUGGCAACAAUUGCCUUCGUCCUUUCCAUUGCCUCUUCCUUUACCCUUGCAAGACGAUCUAAUGUCGACGAGUUUCGCCGAGCUUGAAUGUUGCAGUCAAGAUGAAGAUGAAGAAGAGGAAGAAGGAGAGGAAGAAGAGGAAGAUGAAGAGGGAGAAGAGGAAGACGAGGACAACAGUUCCAGUUCCGGUGAAUUUGUGUGGAAGAGAUACAACGAACCGCAUAUCGAACAGAUACGGAUCAAAAGUACCACCACGAACGAAGAUGACGAAGCGACGAGUACGGUGGUGAAUACCGAAUUGGAAGAGGAGUUGGGUGUCGAUGAAGAUGAAGAAGAAGAGGAAGAGUUUACGCCUUCGGCCUGGAAUGCCGCUUUAGCACCUCAUCGAUCGGCAUUGAGGUCUCCGGACAAAACGUUAAAAUCUGGGGAUCAGAAAAAGAGCGUAUGGUUCAAGAAGCAACGAUACCACUGUGUGUAUGAGUACCCGAAAGAAACACCACCUGUGGACAAUCAGGCAGACGUUACCACUAAUUCAGAACCAACAUCGUAUUCUGAUUGGGAAGAAAUGAUCAAUGAGCCGCGAUUAGAUAUGUAUCCUUUAAAUUACGACGAUGCCAAUCAUGCUGGAAACGAUGAGUUUUUUGUUACCAGUUCGAAUCGACCCUUUCAGUUUCAAACUGGCGAGAGUAGGUGCGUCAGCCAAUUUUUUCCCGGCGCGAAUGCGACUUUAUUGUCUGAUGAACGGGAUGAAACGGAUAGCUGUCAACAAGAGCCGCACCAGAAUAACAUUGAUUUCACCAACGAUUAUGAUCAAUGUCAACAGCAUCAACUAGGAGAGUUAAGACAUACGAGGGAUCGUUUGAAAUUAAAUCUAGUAUCAUCGAAUAGUAUACCGUCCGUUCCGUUCGUUCCUGCAAAACAGCCGCACGCGGAGCAGUUAGACAUUAAAGAGAAUCAUGAAUUGGAACUUGAGAACGUCAUCGCGCAAGACCAAUGUAUCGUAACGAGUGAUGAUAACACGUUGCCAAAGGUGCCUCACGAAGAUGUCCAGCCUGAUUCAUCUUCUACAAGAAAUUUUCAGCGCGAUAGCUGGGAAACUCUGGGAACCACCGAGAAGUGAAGUGUUUCAAUUCGUGUUACAAUGAAACCUACCUACAAUGAAACUAAAGUCUGUGUUGUGUUUUAAGAAAGAAACAAUUUAGUCCGUCCGAAACAAUCUCGUGAAAAUGUCUCGUUGAUUUUCAUUAACGCAUUCGAUGAAGUUAUCACCGAUGAUACCGAGAUUACUCUAUCAUCGUGUGACACGAACAAAUGUAUAUAAUUUGAGGAGGAUGUAGCAGGUAUUAUUCGCGGCUACAGGUCAAUCGGUUGUCUAGUGGAUUUUGUUAGCGCGGAGUUGUUAUAGUUGUACUCUAUGUAUAGUAAGUACGGAAAAAGCGUGUCAAUAUAUAAAUAAUUGCGGCUUUACUGUCAUUAAAGAAGCUUCCUAUUCGCAUGUGAUGGUCUAAUAAUCGUGAUAGAACAAACAAGUAAUGACAGAGGGACACUGUAUAAAAAAAAUGGACACAAGUAUUAACUCUAGACAAUCGAUUCGUAGAAAAGCUACAUCAAAGAAUUGCGAUAAACAAUUCGUUAUACGUGUAAAUAGUUAUUGUUUAUAGCGUAAUCGUUAAACGAGCAGUAGUGCCUAUGUAGAACGACACGAUUAUUUUUGCGAUUAUCUAUAAGAGACAUAUAACCGUCUUUCGCGUUAUCUUUUCUUUUUUUGUCCUUUACCGAUACUCAUUAUCACACGAUAUUUCUCGAUAUUAAAUAUUAUUAACAAAUCCGCUCUCUAUUGUGAAAAUAUUGUAUAGCUGGAUAUACAGGAUAUAUCAUCCUACUUAUAAAGACUCUUGUCUUGAGAA